CACUUUUGGAGAGAUCUUUAGCCUUCACUAUGCUCUGAUCGGAAUUGCGAGAGUAAUUUAGCGGGAAAAAAAGUGAAGAAUAGCUUAAAAACUAAAACGACAGAUUGAUGCCCGCCGUUUUAUCGUCUAACUGGGUCCUUUUGUUCUGUAACCGAGGCAGUGCAUCGCAGUUCAGUUCUAAGCUUCAAUCUUGUGAAAAUUGAUGGGCCACCAACUUCAUGGAACAGGAACAGUCUUCUUAAACAGAUUAUGUUUCUAUGACUGCCCCAGGUUGUUUAAACAAAAAACAUGCUCUUAUACAGCAAAAGUUGGCAAAUUUCAGAAAUUAAAUGUUGCCUCGUUGGCUAUGCAAGGAAGGGGGGAGUUCGCAGAUGAUGUUGCUCGCUCAUUUAACCAUAAGACUAACAUCGGUAUUGGAGGAGAGUUGAAUGGUAUUCCUCAUAUACAAACUCUUAGAGAAUUUCCUAGGGAGGAGCUUUGGGGAAAAGUUGUUAUGGUCAGAUUUGAUUCUAAAAUAUUGCUCAGACAAGAGUUUGACCAGAAGACUCGAUCAGUUCUCAAUGCGGUAUUUACAAUUAAAUAUUUACAUGAAGCCGGAGCACAGGUCAUCCUGGUCAGUGAUUGGUGUAUGAAAACUUCAGAGCUUCACACAGAGUCAGUUGCAGAUUUCUUAACAGCUGUGCUUCAAAUACAAGUUGUUCCCCUUCAAGGCAUCUCUGAUAACAAGCAAUCAAAGAUGUUGGGCCUUAAGAAAGAGAAUAUCCAUCUUCUUGAAAAUCUUUCUCAUAUUAAAGAAGAAGUUGCAAAUUGUUUGGAGUUUGCUAGAGUAUUAUCAUCAGGAGUUGAUAUCUUUAUCAAUGAUUCCUUCUCCAACUCUCACAAAGUUCUAGCAUCAACUGUUGGCGUUACUCGUUUCUGCUAUUGCUAUGCCUGUUUAGCUGGUUUUCACUUUGAGGAGAAGCUUUGUCUCUUGAAGAAUGUUGCAGAAGCCAGACGGAAGCCGUAUGUUGCAAUUAUUGGAGGGGGUAAUCUUUAUGAGAAAGCAGCUUCCUUUCAGCUUUUAGCUUCCAAAUGUCAGUGUUUUGUUUUUGUUGGAAAGAUGUCAUUUCAAGUAAUGCAUGCAUUAGGAGUAUCAGUUCCUCUUGAUUUGGUGGAUCAGAAGGGAAUUGAUGAAGCUCUCGAUAUAGUGAGACUUGCGAAAGAUAGAAAUGUGCAGAUUCUUUACCCAAAAGAUUUUUGGUGCCGAAGUAAAUGUGAUCCAAAGCAAUUGCAAGUAUUUCCUUCUCAUGGAAUUUUGAAUGGUUGGGUGCCCGUUGACUUUGGACCUCUGUCAUUGGAUGAAAUUGGUUCCAUGCUUACAAAUUGCAAGAAAGUAAUUUGGAUAGGUCCAGUGAAUUUCUUUGAUUCAAGUAAUGACACAAAUGGGGCAUCUAAAUUGGCAAAAAUUCUUGAUCGACAAAGCCAAUGCAACUGUGAAAUAACUGUGGUUGGGACGAUGGCAUGCCAACUAGUGAGACGUGAAAAAAGUUUAUUAUCCUUUAUAAACAUGAUUGAGGGUGCUUCAGUUGUAUGGGAAUUUCUCAAAGGAAGAAAGCUCCCUGGUGUCUUGGCUAUCGACAGAGCAUACCCUUUUGAAAUCAACUGGAAUAGCAUUUAUUCUGACCCAGCUCAACCUCUGGCCGUUGAUAUAGGAAGUGGUAAUGGGCUUUUUCUUCUUGAAAUGGCUAAAAGGAGGAAACAUUUAAACUUCCUAGGUUUGGAGAUUAAUGAAAAGCUUGUUUUGCGAUGUCUGGAUUCUAUUCAUCAGUUUAGAAUAAAGAAUGGGUACUUUAUUGCUACAAAUGCAACAUCAACAUUCCGUUCCAUUAUCUCUACCUACCCAGGAGAAUUAGUUAUUGUCUCAAUACAGUGUCCAAACCCUGAUUUCAAUAAACCUGAGCAUAGAUGGAGAAUGCUUCAGAGAUCUUUAAUUGAACCAGUGGUGGAUCUUCUAGCAUCUGAUGGGAAGGUCUUUCUGCAAUCUGAUGUAAAAGAUGUGGCAAUAAGAAUGAAAGAACAAUUUUUAAGAUAUGGCAAGGGUAAGCUUGAAUUGGAGCCUGACAAGUGCAAUGGCCAAAGUGAGUGGCUUAAGGAAAACCCGUUUGGAGUUAUGUCAGAUUGGGAAAAGCAUGUUCUGGAGCGAGGGGCCCCUAUGUACAGAAUGAUGUUUUCUAAAUCAUCUGCUACUAGUGAAGUUUCAGUUGAAGAUCUAGUACAUAAAGCUGGCUAAUUCAUCAAUCUUCCAUAGGGUUGUGUUUCUGCAGAAUCUAUCAUACAGUCAAUGGUUUCUCCGUUUCAGGCUGUGUUUUAGGUAAUAUGAAAAGGUUCAUAUCUCUAUAUGAAUUUUAUGUUUUAAGGCAUGCAACAAUUAGAAUCUACUAUUUAGCAUGAGAAAAUGUUCUUUUUUUUCUUUUUCAUAAUUUUCUUUUCAUAGAUUCACAUGCAACUUCAACUAAGAACAAGAGAAGAAAUUGCAACGUGGGAGAUGAGGCAUUUUGGCAAUGCUUGCUUAAUCGUUUGAUACCUUGGAAGAAAAUGCAUGACCGUGGAGUUAACUCCAACAAACAUUUUGAUUUAGUUCGUUGGAAAGAAAAUGAAAUCUGAGACUAACACUUUAAUUUAGUUCCUUGGAAAGGAUUGAUUUUGUAUCUUAUAUAUGUGGAAAAUAACAUGUAGAAUUUAUUAGAUUAAAAAUCUCAUUCA